AUGCCAGGUGUUUCCGUCCGCGAUGUCGAUGCCCAGAAGUUCAUCGAGUCCUACGCCGCCUUCCUCAAGCGCCAGGGCAAGCUCGCCAUCCCCGGUUGGGUCGACACCGUAAAGACCGGGCACUUCAAGGAGCUCCCCCCCCAGUCCCCCGACUGGUUCUACGUGCGCGCCGCCGCCGUCGCGCGCCACGUCUACCUGCGCAAGUCCGUCGGUGUCGGCCGUCUCCGCAAGGUUCACGGUGGCCAGAAGAACCGCGGCUCGCGCCCCUCCCACCACGUCGACGCCUCCGGCUCCGUCGACCGCAAGGUGCUCCAGGCCCUCGAGAAGAUCGGUGUGGUUGAGCUCAACCCCAAGGGCGGGCGCAGAAUCUCCCAGACUGGCCAGCGUGAUUUGGACCGUAUUGCCCAGACCACCAUUGAGGCCGAGGAGGAGGAGGAGGAGGAGGAGUAA